CCCCCUCUCUCAUGUCCACAAGCACGCAUGUUCACACAAAUAAAAUGUGCCCAGGCUCAGGGAGAGUCAGCUCGUGUUUUACAGGAGGAAAUCCUCUCACUGUUAAACAAAGGAGCAAUCUGUGUCGUACCUCCCGCACAGUGUCAGAGCGGUUUUUACUCCAGGUAUUUUCUGGAUCUACGUGCUCUGAACAAAUAUCUCAGGAAAUACAAGUUCAGGAUGGUAACGCACGCAUCCCUGCUGCGCCUUGUGCGACAGAGCGAUUGGUUCACUUCUGUCGUUCUGAAAGACGUGUAUUUCCACAUCCCGAUCUAUCCUCCCCACAGAAAGUAUCUGAGAUUUGCUUUCCAGGGGAUCUGUUACGAGUACCGCGUGCUCCCUUUCGGUCUGUCUUUAAGCCCGAGGGUGUUUGUGCGGUGCACGGAAGCGGCAAUAGCCCCGCUGAGACGGCAGGGCAUCCGCUUGGCCACAUAUCUGGACGAUUGGCUGCUGUUGGCACAAUCGGAGCAGGAGGCCAGGGCGCACAUGCAUAUUCUCAUACGACACCUAGUCGAUCUGGGUUUCGUGAUAAACGCGGAAAAGAGCAUGCUGUCUCCGGCACAGGGCGUAAUCUUUCUGGGAUUAUCCCUGGAUUCGGUGACUUUCACAGCGCGCCUCUCGGCGGACCGAGUGAAAGCUUUCAGGGCAUGUCUCGCGCGGUCUCACAUAAAUUUUCUGAAACUUUCAGCGGUGUUCCUCUCCCUGAAACAUUUUCUUCCGUCUCUCAUGGGUCAUCAUGUCCUGGUGAGGACGGACAAUACGACGACAGUGGCGUACAUCAACCGGCAGGGUUUACGCUCCUGUCAGUUGUACCUGCUGGCACGCAGACUAAUCCUGUGGAGCUGCGGUCGUCUCCUCUCCCUGAGAGCGACGCACAUCCCGGGAGUCCUGAACACGGGCGCAGACCUGUUGUCCAGGGGCGCGCCGGUAUACGGGGAGUGGUCUCUGCACCCAGAGAUUGUGGAACAGAUAUGGGCCCGUUUCGGUCGGGCCAUGGUGGACCUGGGCGAACCCCCCCCCCGAGGCGAACAUUUUCUCGAGCGCCCUGACGGCAGCCCGUGCGCCCCUGGAUGCGUGCGCCCCCCUCUGCCUUGACCGGCCCUGCCUCCCCUGGUCUUGAUACCCCCCACUCUGUCCAGAGUAAGGGAGCACGGCCACACACUGAUUUUGAUAGCUCCGCAUUGGCCUGUGAUGUAUUGGCUGGCGGAGAUAUAUCAGUUGCUGUGCGCUCAGCCCUGGCAGCUCCCGCUGCGCAGGGGCCUGCUAUCGCAGGGAGGGGGGGCGGUCUUCCACCCGCACCCAGAGCGCCUGGCUCUGUGGGCUUGGCCCCUGAGUGGCUAA